AUGGGAAUUAUUAAUUAUAUAACAAGUAUACUUUAUAUUCCUUAUGUAUUCACCCCAUUGGUAUUGUUAAUAUGUUUAUUAUCAUGUAUAAUUGUUAUUAGAUACAAUUCAUUAAGAGAUGAAGAUGUGAUGUUUGUUAUUUUCGCAGUUGUUGUCUGUGUAUUGAUUAAAACAUCAACAAUCUCAAUUCUUGGGACUUACAUUUCACCUAUUAAUCAACCAGUAUUUAUUUAUGCAUACUUUUCUAUCCAACUCCUAAGAAAUAUGAUUUGUUUAUUCCAAUUAAAAUUAGAUGAACAAUGUUACUAUUCUCCAGCAGCUUUUGUGGCAAACUUUUCAACAAUAGGAUUUAUUGUGUUUAUGCCAAUAUAUAUUGUUUUAUUCUGUACAUUAAUAUUUAAAUGUAUAAGUCUUGCACCAUCAAUUACAUUACCAAUAACAAUACCAGAAUUUAUUAUAAUUCCAAUUGAAGUUAUUUAUGUAAUCUAUAAUUAUGGAUUUAUAUAUAAACGAUGCUUAUGA